CCUCGCAAUGUAUAAGUUCAAUGCGCCCGCAACAGGAGACCCCAAGACACCUUCACACAAGUCGGCAAGAUAAUCUCCAACGCUUCUUCAACCACCUCAGACAGCCACAGCAUAGACAUGACGGGCUACGAACUCCCCGAGGUGCCCUGCCCAGAAAACUACCUCCCCAUCCACAUGGCGGGCGAAGGCACAAACGGGUACGCAUACUUCUGCAUCCCCAAACGCUCCAUAACCUCACCAACUAAUCAAUCAGACCUAAAGAAACUACGCUCAAAGAUCUGCGUCGUGAAAGUCGCCACAUCUCGUCGUUUUCGCAAAAGGGACGCGGUGAAGCGGGAGGUCGACUCACUCCUAGCUGUCCAGACGCAAGGCGGCUCCCUUUCGAAACGCGUCGUCCAGAUAGUUGAUAUAGGAGGCAUCAACGAGUUGGCCGGCCCAUGGUAUGCGAUGGCUCCGAUCUAUGGCAAGAGCCUCGAUGCAUUUAUGAGGCCGUACCUGAUUGAGGACAAGUCUGUUCCCCAGGCGUUUGUGUGGCAUGUAUUUUUUCAGUUGUUUGAAGGGUUGGCGUAUCUGCAUAGCCCGCGAAUGGUUCAUGGGGAUCUGUGUUCGGGCAGUGUUAUGCUCGACUCCGCUCAUCAGGAUUAUCCGGGCUUCCCUAAUGUGGUCCUUAUUGACUUUGGGAGUUACGAAGCUCCGACUGGAAAUGAGGAGGAGCUUAAGGAGGCGGUGGCCUCCGACGCGUGGCAAGCGUAUGAUAUCGUUCAUAGGCUGACCUGGCGAGGUUAUCAAGAGCCGAAGCUCGAUCCUGAGAAUGAUCUUGAUUGGGCUAACUUUAUCAAUGGCCUCAAAGAUAUGAAGCGGGCAUCUGGUAAUCUUGCUCGAAGAUUACAGGGCUGGGAUACACGAGAGUUCCUCAAAAGAUUCGGGGAUAUCGCAGCUAAUCGCAGGAAAGGCACGACUCCAGAAAUUCUCCAAGAGAUCCAGGAAGCUCUGAACCUAAAGGAGAUCCACAAAACUCUGGACCAGAAGCUGCGAGCUGCCGUUGAGUGGCAUUCUCUUGAACAGGUAGUCGAACCCUAGUUUGCUAUUCUUUCUUCAUCUGUCUCCCCUCCCCUCGAUUUCUUCUCUCAUAAAUCUUCUGAUAUAGCGUAAACGCAAAAGGAGUCGGCCCGAUCCGGCUUCUCUCUUUCCUAAAUCCAGUGUCCAAACCCAUUCGCGUUCUGGUGAAGCCGCAUCCCAAGCACCUCUCAUUGUUUAUCCAUGUACAUACGUGACUUUGUUUACAUAUAUUUACACGAACCAUUCUCGUACAUAUAACUACACCUGUAGCGUUAUUCACACAUAUUCACUGAUCUCAACAUUGUUCAUAAUCUGUUUCACUACUUUGAUGAUGCAUAAAAUCCCAUCCCCAGUGAAGGGAGACCAUCAGAGAUCCCAAUCCGAAGAAGAGCACACCACCUUGAACUAAAUCUCCAAGUGUAACUCUUUACCCACGUUGCUUCGGACUUUCAAUACACCCACCAGUCCUAGAGAUG